AUGCAUAGCGGUUCUGAUGACGAUUUAGUGUUGCACACACUAUUGUCUGUGACACAAGACGUGAUUCGUGAGAGAGGCGAAACUUCACACCGCAAGAAGAAACAUUUGGAACGUAAUUAUGAGUUUUUCCAAUUACGAUUGGAUGCUAGAGGUAAACGUGGUUUUACUACAAUACAAAAAUGUACGGCCGCUCUUAGACAAUUGAGAUAUGGUAUAACCGCAGACGCAUCAGAUGAGUAUCUGGAAAUGUCUGAAAGGACGGGUCGAGAUGGUACAUAUCUUUUCUAUGAGUAUGUUAUAGAGCUUUACCGUGACAUAUACUUGCGACAUCCGACUAAAAGUGAUGUCGAACAGUUGUAUGUCGCGCAUGAAGCUAAACAUGGUUUUCCAGGGAUGCUUGGUAGUAUUGAUUGUAUACAUUGGGAGUGGGCAAAUUGUCCCAAUGCGUGGUGUGGUCAAUUCACACGAAGAUAUCAUGGGGUCCCGACUGUUAUACUGGAGGCGGUUGUUUCAAACGACCUAUGGUUUUGGCAUGCAUUCUUUGAUAUAGCGGGGUCAAACAAUGACCUGAAUGUGCUUCACACGUCUCCGUUAUUUAACGAUAUUUUGUAG